AUGUGCGAGUGGUACCGCCGCAACUAUGCCUGCGGGCACCACUUUACGGGCGCCUCCGAGUGGUGCUAUCGAUACAGUCAGACGCAGAAACGCUGCAAGGUCGUCGUGACGCAGGUCGACUACGACUCGUCCGUGUGCAAGAGCUGUAUGAAGAAGAGCGCCAAAACACAAGUGCCCUGGGAGCACAUGAUUGACCGCUCCAAAUUCGACCCGAACCGAGACGAGUGA